AUGGCGGGCGAUGGUCUGCCAGCGAAUGCGCCGAGUGCUACGUCAUCGCCGCCCGCACCACCCCCACUUGCCUCGCCUCCACCCGAGUAUGAUGCCACCACCGCCAAGUCAGCACCACCACCAGCCUCUGAGAAGCACCCAACGCCGCCGUGGAUUUCCCGUCCGUCAACCUACCUGAAGCUUCUGCUCGCCCUCUUUCUCGUGUACCACCUCCAUCUGCCCAGCUUUACUCGCCCAACAUCCCUACCUCGCAUCGAAGCCAUCGCCUACCCACCUCAGCCGGGCCAGGACAUUGUCUACGGUCUGCGCGUCAUCAUACCCAUCACUUCCCAGGGCAAACCGGAUCAGCUCUUGUUGGAGAUUGGCAAGAUCCCCGACGAUCAACUCAAGGGUCGCGUGUUGGAUUCGUUCGUCGGCCUAAGUGACUCGUGGUUCUUUUUCAAGAUCCAGAGCAAGGAGGAUACCCACUACUUGCUGGCAACUCUCUUCAUGGUCAGUGUCAGAUGAUUUACGGAUUUCGUUCACAACUGCUCAUCGUUUCGCUCUUCAUGCAUCAGGCCAACCUGGUCACCCGUCAGGAAGCGAAUCAAAUUCUUCGCAAAGGUCCCGUAUCUCAUACUACCGGAUCGACAAACUUGACCUCUCUACUUCCAAUAGCAAUUCACCGUAUCCCCUCGUUGAUGACGCUUUCGGCAGCUUACAUGGCCGGUGCAGAAGUAGGCACUCGAGUCCUCUUCCGCACCGUGCGCCUCAAUCCCGAUGACAAGAUCACUCCCGUCGUCGUUGGGGCUGGCAGCGUGUUGGGUAGUAUGAUCUUGUUCUCCAAGAGCUCCAGUGCUGAAGAAGGUGAUGUCACGGUCAGGAAGAUGAAUGCCGAGCAUGUCAGGAUGUUGGGGAUGGGAUCGGGGGUUGGAGCUCUGAUGAAUGCUCAAAUGGGGGGGAAGGGUACCGAGGUUGCGAUGAUCAGGGUUCUAUCCGACAAAGAGAGGCUCAGUAAGUGCUCUUGGGAACCACUGUCGAUUGCUAAAGGUCUAAACCUGACGACUGCGCUUCAUAGACCACCCCUUCUUUGCGGGAUCCGCCGGAGGUUCAGGCUUCGUCUCCAGUCAGGCUUUUGGACGCUUUCCCCCGGAGGAAGAAGAUGACUGGCUCGACACCGCCGUUGCUCGAUUGAGAGUUUAA